AUGUCCAACCCCUUUUUCAUUCGCGUCAGAGAAGACACCAUUCGCGCUGUCUACGUUGAUAUAUGGCUUUUGCACCCUCUGCUGCGAAGCAGGUGCGGAGCAGUUCUCAAUCAAGAAAGUAACGAUGCAAAGUCCAGGCUGGCCGCAGGUCUGUCAGAGGUUAGAAGAGGCGAAAAUCCUUACGCUAAAGUUUUGUACGGACGGGAUGGGCAAUUUCUCAGAGAGGGAAUAGAAGCAUCCUGUGUAAACAAUCCUCUGGCAGACCAAAUAUUUUGUCCGGCUUUGCCUCAACUUGUGAAAUUGGUUAAUACCCUAGAAAUGGUUAAAUGGGAAUUCGAGAGGAGUUUCAAAUGGAGUGCUUAUCGAUUGCACUUUUUGAUGUUAAAGCACAUUUAUCCUGAAGAAUUCGAAACCGUUUACCCAACAACUACCGAGCAAGUUAGCGAACUUAUUGUCAAUAACUUAGAGAAGAUUUUUGGGUACAUUAAUAACGGGCAAAUAGAUGAUUUGACUGGUGAGUGGAUCCCGUUGGUACCAGAUUUAACGACAAUCAAAUCAGGUUGUGAAACAGCGUGGGCCCUUCCAAGUAACGUGAAGAAGAGUGAAUGUAUGUUUUGGAAAGCCAUCGUCCAGCUAGAAGCCUUUAGCAAAUCACGGCUCUCUCCAGCAAGUGGCAAGGUUAUCAAGAUGCUCAACACUAACAUCGAUUAUAAAAGCUUCCUAGCACUGACCGAAAUGGAUAGGAUUCUUCAAGUCGUUGAAAAUCAAGAAACUGCAUUGCAAGAGCUUAGCCAGUGGGUGACAAGUGAGGUGUCUAAAACAGUAAACGAACGGUUUAAUGGCCUUCGAACGUAUUUCACUAAAGUCGAAACCUUCAACCGCGAAAAGGCAAAUGCUGAUGUCGAGUUUAUCAACGGAAGGUUAAACAAGUACAAAUCCAAUAUUGAGACUCUGAGCACUGAGUUGGGGAAUCAAGUUGGAAAACUUAUCGAUUAUGCAAUAGCAGCCGUUUCGCUUGAACUUGCAGAGGAUGCAGCACAGUGUGUACUGGCAGCUGCUGUUGUUAUGAAUCCCCUUGAAAAGCUUUUUGGUGGUUCCAGUGCUGGAGAUUAUAUCGAUCGACAGGCAAAACUAGCCGACACCUUAACCCUGGUUGGAGAGAUGAUAAGGAGAGAGAGGGUCUUUAACGAACUCGUUAAUGAUGCAAAGGACAUUCGAAGAAGAUUGAAUAACAACGCCCAAUUUCUUGAAGACGUGCGAAUCAUCCUUGAUGGCAUCCAAAAGGGUACUUCAGCAGAUGACUGCAUCGAUAAAACAAAAGUUUCUUGA